AUGUCUCCUCUCCUACCCACGCUCUUAGGAGGAGCGUCUUUUGUGAGAUUCGUUUUUGGCAUCUCCUUCGGACGGAAGCCUUUCGUUUUCUUGUGGCUCACAGUUCUGUUACAGCCGGUUUUCCUACUUCUUUGGGUAGUGUAUGUGGCACCGCGACUCAGUCCCCUUCGGAGAUUACCCCUAGCAUCCCAAGGACCGUGGUGGAAAACGUUCCUUAUCGAGCCCGGACCUGAAGAUCUCGAGCGUUUCAUGAACGAGACUAGAAAUGAUGGUCUCAUCCGAUAUUUUGGUGUAUUCCACGGCGAAAGACUCUUAAUCACCAAAUCUCAAGGCACCAAGCAGAUGAUGCUUCUUCAGGCUUACAACUACGACAAGAUCCCCAUUGUGACAAAGCUCAUCGGUCAACUUACGGGUCUAGGCUUGCUGGUUGCUGCUCAGGAUGAACACAAGCGUCAGCGGAAAUCUCUACUACCUGCGUUCAAGUACAAAUACAUCAAAAACCUAUUCCCUCGAUUCUGGAUGCACACCAGGCAGCUGGUUGCCUCGCUUGAGAAGGAGAUAGAUCAGGCUGGCCAGGAUUCAGCUGCGGUUGUGAAUGUCGAAAGCUGGAUGAUGCGUGCCACCCUCGACAUCAUUGCGGCGACAGGCUUCGGAGUUGAGAUAAACGCAAUCCAGAACCCAGAAAGUGACCUCGCAAGGCUUCUGCCUCUGUCGAACUCGACGAGCCGAGAAGCGACGUUUUACAGACUGCUGGCAUUUCUGCUACCCUACUGGCUUUAUGUUCGCUUGCCAAUGGCGAGACGUUGCGAAAUUGACCAGAUCGUUAAAGCUUUGGAUGAUGCCACCCUGCCAAUGAUCCAAUCAAGGAGGAAAGCCCUUGUCGGUCAAAAGAGUGUGGACCCUGACGCGCAAGAGGAGAAGUCCGGCUCUGAUCCGCAAGAGUUUGCUGACACGGAUAUCAUUUCGAAUCUUUUGCAAUUCAAGGAGCCUUUCACCGACAAGGAAUUGAUGGCUCAGUCUGCAACGAUACUGGCGGCUGGACAAGAUACGACAUCUGUUGCCACUACCUGGGCACUAUAUCUCCUUGCGCACAACCCACAAGUUCAAUCUACUUUACGGGUCGAAGUUCAGACCCGGUUACCCUCACCGAGCUCGACUGAUGAGACUGUCGAUGCACCACUCAUUGAGUCUCUACCGUAUUUGGCUGCGGUCUGUAACGAAACCUUAAGACUGUUCCCCCCUGCUCCUAUCUUACGCAGACAUGUCGUCAAGCCUGGAACAGUCGUACUUGACCAGCAGCUGCCGAUAGGGACGGUAGUCAUGACCUCGAUCUGGGGCACACACCGUACGAAGAGCAUCUGGGGCCCCGACGCGAAAGAAUUCAAGCCCGAGCGCUUUCUGCAAUACGGCGAAGACGGCAAAAUGCAUUUUGAUCCUCAUGCCGGCUUCCAAGGCGAAGAUGCAACCUACUGUUAUUUACCUUUUGGUGCUGGGCCUCGAAGUUGCAUAGGCGAGAGAUACGCACGAGGAGAGUUUGCGACACUGCUGGCUGGCCUGGUUGGCCGAUUUGAGUGGUCCCUCGUCAAUCCAGACAAGAAGAUGGGUGAAGACUUGAAGGUGAAUUUCGGUAUCGUCUCCAAGCCAGAGGGUGGGCUAUGGCUCCGAGCACGAAAGGUUGACGGUUGGUGA